AUGGAAGUAUUUGAAUUCCUUCGCAAGCUGACAAGAUAUUUCAUAAUUAUAGUUAUAUUAACUUCGCUACAAAAUAAUACACCAAUAAGCUGUACCAGUGGUUCUUCGUAUUCUGUGAAAGUUAAAAAAUAUGUCUGUAUCGAUACGCCAUAUAAAGAAACGACACUUCAUUCGUGUAAAAGUAUCCCGCGAAGAAACGAACCUACGAUAGUUUCCGUGUCCGUAAAUGUUCCAAAGAUAUACGAUAACGUUAUGGUGAAAGUUAUGUUGUUCUACAAAUUUAGUACCUAUCAACCAUUCCUGAUUACCAUAGAAGGAAAUGGCUGUGAGUUUAUUCGACAUCCACCACAAUUUGGAAUUCAAAAGCAUGUGUACGAUAUUUUUGUAGAAACAGCUCCAGAACUGCUAGUUCCUUGUCCAACGGGCAACCGUACCUACAACAUUACUUGGUACCUUCAGGAUCGCCACGCACCAAACAACAUUCCAGCAGGGGAAUACAAACUGCAGUUCAAAUUGAUAGCACGACACAAUGUCACCUUAUUUGCAAUGGAUGUAUAUGGUGUAGUGCGUAAUACAGGAAUCGUAUCCUCCUUUAUGACAUAG